AUGACUUUGGGAAAAGGUUGGAAAGAAUUUGCUGACGCAAAUGACAUAAAGAUAGGCGAACCCUUUAAGAUGGAGUUAAUAUGGGAUGACAAAACCCCUAUGCUUAGUCUGUUGAGGGCAAAGUAUAGCAGUUCAAAAGCUAACGAGGAAGAGUCCAUUUCCUCAGAUUCAUCCCCAACAAUAGAUAACCGAUUGGUGACAUUAACACUCACACAUGAAGAUGUCAAAUCCUGUAAACUGAUUCUUCCAAGUCAAUUCAUGAAGGCUAAUGGUAUCAACAGACUUGGGAAGAUAACUCUUUUGAGUGAAAGCGGAAUUGAAUGGUCAGCAUAUCUGUUGACAAGAGAUGGAAUUGUUUCUUUGGGGAAUGGUUGGGAAGGCUUUUGUGAGGCUAAUGGCGUGAAGUUAGGACAGUGUUUUACUUUGGAGUUCAGUUAUGUACAAGAUACAACUCCGGGGCUGCGCGAACGCAAACCCCCUCUGCCACAAAUAAUGACGCAGGCUCUUCCUCAUGGGAAGACCUUAGGCUAA